CGCAGAUGGGAGACAAGAUCCAGGCGCGUGCGCUGGCAAAAGCUUACGGCAUCCCUACGAUUCCUGGAACAGAGAAAGCCAUUCACGAAUUGCAGGAUGCACUUUCUUUUGCCGAGAAAUUUUCAUAUCCGAUUUUGAUUAAAGCUAGCGCUGGCGGUGGAGGACGGGGAAUGCGUGUCGUGCGCACACCGGAAGCAUUGGAAGAAAACAUCUUGAGCGCCCGUGAGGAAGCAACUGCUGCAUUUGGAGAUGGAAGGGUCUUUCUCGAAAGGCAUGAGCCAUGAAUACAGAUGAUGAUUGCUGUAUUGACUUCAACAC